CGGCGCACUCCGCGGGCACUGUGCGGAUCAAUGGAGAAGGCGGAGCGAUCCCUGCUCAGCCUGCGGCCGAUUCAAAUUCAAAGAGGUGGGGAUUGGCUGAGCUGGGCCAGAGAGAGGAAAUCACGCCGUGAUAGGCAGAAGUUAUGUGACUAGCAGGCGGAAGGCCCCGUGUCCAAUUUCCAUUGAGAAACGCUGUUUAGGCUGAGGAAUCGUAAGGCUGGGAGGAGCGGUCAUGUACGGAGAUAUCGUAGUCUCGGGUGGGAAGUAGGAUUUGUGUGAAGAGCACUUGUGAGCUGAGGCUGCAAGGCAGAGUUGGCCCCCGUGAGUAGAAUUAAAAAUUAAUUGGCCAGUGGCUCAAGGCCAAAAGCACUAGGUAUCCUCAGGAGGCCGGGUUUUGGUAAUCGAACUCCCUAAACCACCAAUAAAAUAGCUGAAUUUAACGGCGUUUAAUAGUCGUAAUGCUGACGAUUGAAGGACAGAACGAUUUUCCAAUGGAAGUGAAUAAAGGCAGGUGGGCGGAGCGCUCUGUAGCGACAGACCAAUGAUCAGGCCAAUUCCAGCAAAUAGGCGUGUCCUUUAGCUGAGCGACAGAUCACAAGAACCAGUGAUCGACGUGAUACCUGAGCCGCGGCCAACCAGGAGGGCACGUUCCCCGGGAGAAGGUCUGGGAGGCGGGAAAAGGGGAAGUGGGCGGAUCUCCGCACGCCCCGGCGGAAGAGGCAGAUUCAGGAAGCCAUUACGCAGCUGGCUGGCAGCGGCCGGGCCGGUCGGGGCUGGGCCCUACGCACUUUGCGUAGCGAGGGGGGUUACCAAAGGCCUGGUGCUUGGCCUUGGGCAAGCCCGGCCUAUCCCCUGUAGGGGGGUGGGUGAGAGGCGAGGCUGAGGAAGAAGAGAAGGGGAAUUGGGGCGGCUGGGGGGAUUAUAAUUUCUUUAAAAAGGGAGGGUGGGGAGAGGCCAUGGCCGUCCCAGCCAAGAAGAGGAAGAUGAACUUCUCUGAGCGAGAGGUGGAAAUCAUCGUAGAGGAGCUGGAACUGAAGAAGCACCUGCUGGUGAACCACUUCAACGCCGGGGUCCCUCUGGCUGCCAAGAGUGCGGCCUGGCACGGCAUCUUAAGAAGGGUCAACGCGGUGGCCACCUGCCGCAGGGAGCUGCCUGAGGUCAAGAAGAAGUGGUCCGACCUCAAGACCGAGGUCCGUCGCAAGGUUGCCCAGGUCCGGGCAGCGGUGGAGGGUGGCGAGGCCCCAGGGCCCACUGAGGAGGAUGGAGCCGGUGGGCCUGGGACAGGUGGUGGCAGUGGCGGCGGUGGCCCAGCUGUAGCCCCCGUCCUGCUCACCCCCAUGCAACAGCGCAUCUGCAACCUGCUGGGCGAGGCUACCAUCAUCAGCUUGCCCAGUACCACAGAGAUCCACCCCGUGGCCCUUGGACCCACAGCCACUGCAGCCGCAGCCACGGUCACCCUGACACAGAUCCCCACGGAGACCACCUAUCACACGCUGGAGGAGGGAGUGGUGGAGUACUGUACCGCUGAGGCACCCCCACCCCUGCCCGCCGAGGCCCCUGUGGAGAUGAUGGCUCAGCACGCUGAUACCUCGGUCAAACCCCAGGCGCUCAAGAGCCGCAUCGCCCUCAACUCCGCCAAGCUGAUCCAGGAGCAGCGAGUUACCAAUCUGCACGUGAAGGAGAUCGCCCAGCACCUGGAGCAGCAGAACGACCUACUGCAGAUGAUCCGCCGCUCCCAGGAGGUCCAGGCCUGCGCCCAGGAGCGCCAGGCCCAGGCCAUGGAGGGCACCCAGGCAGCGCUGAGUGUCCUCAUCCAGGUCCUCCGGCCCAUGAUCAAAGAUUUCCGCCGCUACCUGCAGAGCAACACGCCCAACCCCACUCCCGCCUCUGACCCUGGACAGGUGGCCCAGAACGGGCAGCCCGACAGCAUCAUCCAAUGAGGCCGGGGGCGGCGCCAGCCUUGUGCUCUGUUCGGAUGACGUCACUGUGGUCUUGUACGUGGGUUCUGUGACUGGGCCACGUGGACAGCUCUCUCUUUGAUAGACUGUUAGGGGUCCGCGGUUUCGGAGGAGUGAGGGAGACAGAGAUGAACUUGUUGGGCUCCUGGGACCUGCAUUCUCUUACCCUCACCACUCGAGCUGCCUGGCUGACAGCCUGAAGAUUGGUUAGGUGGGCGGUGGGCGCUGGUGAGGCUCCACACCUUGUCGUGAGCCAGGGCUUGGGACACGACCCAGACCCUGUCUAGGACAACUGUAAGGGAGGUUCUCCCUGGGGGCCGUCUCCCAGCCGGGGUCUGUGCUGAAAUUCUCCCCCCUCCCCCCCCCCCCCCCAACCCAACCCAGUGUCAUCGUUUUGAAUAAGAUGUCGGUGGUGCUGGCAGUGACACAAUACCUUCUUCCUCCCUAGGGAGGCAGAGUGACUAGGCCUGAAGAGGAAACCCCACCCUUUUCUCCUUUGCACCGUGCCUCAGUUCUCAGGGGAUUCUAGUCAAUCUGUGCUCUCCCCACCCCCCACCCCAGCCCCGGCCUGACAGGGGCCCCCUUGGUAUAUACCCUGAGCUGCCUCUGCAUUACACCCAGGAUGGGGCCCGCUGGGCUCAGGGAUGCUGGGUGCGGUGGGGACAGCUUGGCCACCGUCUUGUCUUCCACUGCAUCCCUGGGCAGCCCUUUAGUGGUUUGUCCUGACAGCUCUUGACUCAGGUCGGGCAUCAGGCUUUAGGUGCUGUAAAUUCGAGAGAAAACAGACUCGCGUGGAAAUGUGUUGUUCCCCCCCUCCCUCCACCCGCCCCUGCAGUGAAUCUGAGGUGACCGGUUGGCUUCUUCCAGAAGGCUUGCUUCAAGCCACUUGUCUUUAUUCUGUACCACGGACGACCCCUUAUGGGAAAGGGCGGGGGGCAGCUCUGGCCACACCCUUCCUCCUUUCCUCUCUGCUGACUCCACCAUUCCGAAACUCAUUGUGGGAAAAAGCCUCCUCAGCAUCACGCCCCGGACUCCCUGUCCCAUUAUUCAGCGCCUCGUGUUCCUGCGGGACUCCCGCUGCCUGGCUGGGCGAAUCUGAAGGCCUGAUUGGCCCCGAGUGUCUGAGGUGGGAGAGCCAGAGCUGACCUAAGACGCGGGACCUUUGACUUCUGUGCUCAGGGAAGAGCAGAUCGACCUCGGAGUGUGGAAGGAGGUAGUGUUCCCUGUUCCGUCUUGACCCUCUGUCACCUUCUGUAGGGAGUUUACCCAGAUGGCAUUUGUCUGUUUCAUUUUCAGAAUCGCCAUCGAUCACCGAGACGCUCGCAUCUCCCCAGAUCAUUCCCCGGGAUUGCCAUUUUGCUGCCGGUGCCUUGGCCACGCGUGACCAACGGUUGCAACUCGAGGCUCGGGAUCUCAGCUAAACCAUGGAGGUGCUGCGCUUCUGGGCACGUAUGUUUGGAAUUGCUUGCUCUGCGGUUGCAAUCACCGGAAGAUGCGCCCAGAGAUGGUCGGGAGGUGACUGCGGUACAGUACGGUCCGCCCCCCCCUGUGGAGCACGGGUGCAGCGUCAGCUACAGAGCAGUGGAGAGGAAUCAGGCUGGUGAGGGGGUGAAUGGCGGAAAGAAAGCUCCGCGGGCUGUAAAGCAGCAGCCCCUGGCAGCCCGGGCACGCUCCCUCCAUGGAGCCCGACAGCCCUGGCCGGGAAGCUGUGGAGACUUCCUGAGGACUUGCCACUUGGUUUGGUUUUUCUCUGGGGUUGGCAACCUGAGCCAGUAUUGGAUCUGUUCCAAUUGGGUAUAAGGAGGAAUCCUGGAUCACUUAAACUGACUGCUUCUUUCCAGGUCAUAAUUUUACAUUAAAAACAUGUAUCACUUUUUUUUUUUUUUUUACACAUAGCCGUGUCUUUAUUGGUUAUAGGUGGAAGAGAUAUGGGCUGGCAGAGAGCAGGGGCUGGCACAGUAUGGCCCAGAGGUCAUAUCUGGCCCACCACCUGUCUUUGUAAAUAAAGUUUUAUUGGACACAGCCACAACUCUUCAUUUACUUAAUGUCUGUGGCAGGUUUUGUCCUAUAGCAGAGCUGAGCAGUUGUGACAGAGACAUCUGGCCCACAAAGCCAAAAGUAUUUACUCUCUGUUAUGGAAAAGUCUGCCUAUCCUUGGUUUAGGGCAAUGUUUCAGACUCUGGAUGAGAAUUACUUGGGUAAACAUAUCCCAAGCCUGACCCCACGUAAAACCUAAAAGAGACUCCUGGAAGGAGAGCUCUAAGAAUCUGCUUUGUAAACAAGCUCUCUGGGUGAUUCUGGUAUUUCCUGAAGGUUACAGAUGAACUUUGCUAGAAGACUUAAUCUGAGCUGUAAUCACAGAUCAUGGAAUCACGGAGCACGCUUCAGUGAGGGUGGUUCUCAGGAGUUGCUGCUGACAGUUGAGAAGUCCUGCCUAGCACAUAUUCUCACUUAAGAGUGGCCUUAAUUCUGGAGGGAGCCCAGCCUUCUUGGAUGUAGUUACCACUCUCUCCCAUAGUUAGUAAUAAUAAAAACAGAAUUAACCAAGCCCCUGCUCUGUCUAGGCAUUACCUCAUUGGCUCCUUGCAAUAGCCCCACGAAUUAGGUAAUAAUACUCUUCUCAGUUUGCAGAUGAGGACACUGAGGAUCAGAGAGGUUAAGCCAUUUGCUUAAAAUCACACAGCUACCUGAUUCUCUGGGGUGGCCUAUGCUCUUAACUCUUGUUCUUAACCAUGCUAAUCUUGCUGCCAGUCAGAUGUGAAAUCACCUAGAGACCAUUUGAGCCUAACCUUGAGAAGUCUCUAGGUCAAAUGAGGAGGCCUAGGAGGCACGAUGUGCUAAAUUGUUCUUGGCACUUGAAAGAGAAACACAGUGACCUCUCUUAUUCUCUGCAGGCUUUGGACGCUCAUAUUAAGAGGGCAAGGGGUGGUUUAACAGAAUUAAACCCACCUCCCCUUGAUGCUGCUACUGGAGAACUGUCACUUACAUUGGGGGUGACGGUUUUGGAGUCCUUCCUGAAAUGUGGGAGAUCAUCCAACCCACUGAAACUUACUGGUUCAAGGAGUGGAGACCUUUUAUGUUUUAAACCAUUUUGAUGGCAAUCUUUCAGAAAGGUGUCCUUUGUGAACCUUAGUUUGCCCAGCAGGACCAAGGGGCCAGAAAAAAGCCCCUGGGCUCAGGCAGGUUUGGGCUUGAGCUGGGUUCCACUAUUUACUCACUGUGUCUCUUAACUUUGCCGGACCUCAGUUUUCUCAGUUCUAAAGCGGGAAUGAUGAAUUACAGUCCUCACGUGCUGGGGCUAUUAUGCGGUGUUAUUCAAUGGGAAUGGCUACUAUUUAUUUUCUGUUGAAAUUUUUAAGUUUAUUUCUUUAUUUACUUAUUUUUGAGAGAGGUAGCAUAAGCGGGGGAAGGGCAGAGAGAGAGGGGGACACAGAAUCCCAAGCAGGCUCCCCGCUGUCAGCACCGUGAGAUCAUGACCUGAACUGAAAUCAAGAGUUGGACACUUAACCGACUGAGCCACCAGGUGCCCCAAAUAGCUACUGUUUAUUGAGCACUUACCAUGUGCAGACACUGUCCUAAGCACUGUAAGUAUUAACCCAUCUCAUGAGAUCAGGUACAUAACACUUAGCGUGUGCCUAGGACGUGACGUGUGCUCAAUAAAUACUGGCUGCUGUCAUCAUUAUUGCAGUGACUUGAUACUCCAAAGGGGUAGCUAGUGAGUGAGUCUUAAGAUCACAAUGGGAGCUUUGUCAAAAGUGGUUUGAGCGUAAAACGACAAGCAUUUAUUUGUUUGUGAUUUUGCAGUAUGAGCAGGGCUCAGAGGGACCAGUUUGUCUCUCUCAGUGUCUGCUGGGGCACCCUCCACUUCCAAGAGAGCUCACGCACAUGUCUCACAAGUUGAUGAUGGACGUGGGCUGGGAACUCCAUCCUCUCCAUGGGCUUUUCCACGUGGCUGCUUGGGCUCCCUCACAGCAUGGUGGCUGGGGUCCCAAAAACGAGAACCGGAAGCUGCCUGUCCUCUGAAAGAUUAGGUUUCCAUCUGGCACAGCAACACUUCACUUUUUCUCUUGGUCAUGCAGUCACCUGGUAGCCCAGAUUCAAGGGGAUGAAGGAAGAGACUCCGCCUCUUGAUGGAGCUGUGGCUCUCGCAGACGGGGAGGGGAGGAACGGUUGGAGGCCAUCUCUGGAAUCAAGCUAACUUGCUGCUUUUAUUAUAAAUGGGGGUCAGGACUCCUGGCCCAUGAAAGACAGCCUCUCCUCCACAUUCCAGCAUUCUACCAGUCAGGAGGGAAGGGAGCUCCCCAGAUUUUGAAAGAGACCCUAUUGAACCUAUUUUCAAUUUCCUGUAGCUUUGAGCCAAGAGAUUAGAAGCAAAAACCCUUGGCAGGUGGCAGUGCGGCGGGGCGGGG